AUGGCUAAAGCACACUCGUCAGGUGUGGACAUUUCGGGCGUGAUUGGCCAAGGUAGCUCGAAAAUUAAGAAGAAAAUUCGAGAUAUCACAAGACUUCUGAAACGAGAUAACUUGGCCUCAAAUGUGCGAAUUGAGAAUGAAAGAGCUUUGGAAGCACUGAAAUCAGAACUCGCUACUGUGCAAACGAACCUUAAAGCAAAAAAGCUUGCUCAGAGAUACCACAAGGUUCGCUUUUUUGAGCGUAAGAAAGCAGUCCGUAGGUACAAAAAGGCUCUCAAAGAGCUCAAGGAAUUGGAAGCCAAAGAUGGUGACCCUAAAGCCAUUAAGAAAGAGAUUAAAAAGCAAAAGAAGGUGGUGAGACAUUGCGAAGUUGAUUUGGCCUACGUUCUGAAUUUCCCAAAAACAGAAAAAUACAUUGCAUUGUAUCCUGCAAACACAGAUACAUCAGGGCUGUCCGAAAAAGCGCUAAGAGGAAUACAAAAAACGGAGGCCAAGAGAACUGAGUAUCGCAAGAAAUUUGGUGAGCUUUUGGACUCUGGGAAAUUGGAGGUCUCUUUAGAAGAUGGAAUUAAAAUAAUCAAUAAGGAAACCAUUGAUUGGAGGCCCGAACAAGCAGAGACUGCAGCCGAUCAGAAACAAACCACCCAAGACGACGAGUUUUUCGACUAA